GGAGGGAUCAGCAGAACCCCUGACGGGACUCGGAUCUACCCAAGUCCAUAUUCUUCAUCAUCAGAUUCCCAGGAUAUCCAAGUAGGACUCCAGGACUUCAGUGCUUGGCAUUUGGCAAGUUCCAGUUGGAUCAUCACCAUGGGCAUGCUGAACUGCGAUAGCUCAGAAGAAAAACUUCCCAGUAAUCGGAAACAUCUCCACACUCCUUUCUCCAUUGUGGACAUUCUCAAUCAAGUUGGAGACAAGAGACCAACAAGUGAGAGUUCCAGAGAGUCCGAGAAGGAAAUAGAUGUGAGCACAGACAUUGUAUCUGGACCAGAAGAUGACGAAGCGGGACCUUCUUUGGACCCAAAAUCCAGGGAAGAAGAGUCGCUGAAGACGGAGAAUCUAGAGAGCACAAAGGUCCCUGUGGCCAGUUCUAAGCCCCGGCGGGCCCGCACCGCCUUCACCUACGAGCAGCUUGUGGCCCUGGAAAGUCGCUUCCGAAGUAGCCGGUAUUUGUCGGUGUGUGAACGGCUCAGCUUGGCUCUGACCCUGCACCUAACGGAGACUCAAGUCAAGAUCUGGUUUCAGAACCGGAGAACGAAGUGGAAGAAGCAGCAGCCCCCAGGGAGUUCGGAGGCCAGAGCCUGUAAUACUCACAGUUGUCCCCCGAGUCCCGGGCCACAAUUUAUCCCAGCCUAUUCAUCCUACCCCUGCUCUGUACAACACCCUCACAUGUACCCAACCACAAACCACCAGGUGCCACCAUUUCCCAGACUCUUCUUAUCUCCUUCCAGCUCCUUCCCACCUUCUCCAGCUUUUCCUUUCCCCCGGUUUGUAAAUUCAGUCAGUAUGACAUCAUUUUAUAGCCCCACCCCCUAGGAGCCUGCAGCCUUCAAAAGUGUAUUGCUCGCUGCUUGUAGCAGGCGCAUGGACAAGUGAAUGGACAGAGGAAACGUGGCUAGAUGGACAAGAAAGCCAACUCUUCUAGUCCUCUGCCUGGACUCUGUGGAGGGAAUUUACUGAGGCCGUUAAAGUUCUAAAGAGACACCAGACAAGACAAAACCGUGUGCUUUUAGGUACGACACCAUUGGCAGCAUCUUCUGUGUGCUUUGCAAUCUAUGCGCCAUCGUGUGAUCCAUAAGGGUCAGAACAUUAUCUGUGACAUUCCUGCAUAAAAAAAGGGCAAAUAUAACAUCUGGUUGUAACAUUUGUCCCGUCAAGUGG